AUGCAGUCUGCUGCUGCUGCUCCGCCCACCAUCACCGUUGGGGCAGCGCUCCUCCCAAUGAACGACUCACGAGCAGGAGUGGUACUGGCUGCGCCCCCGCAGGGCCACUACCAGCGGCAGGCGCGUCCGGCCGCAACGUCGCCGUCCCCGCCCCUGUCCACGUGCCGCCGCCUGAGCUACGACAGCUCCAAAACGGGCAGCAACUCGCGAAGCCGCACGCGGGCCUCGCCGCCAUCCGUUGCCUCAUCCCACUCGUUCUCCCACACCCUAUCAGACCAGCGGAAGCAGCAUUUUUGGCAGAAGCGCGUGAGCGUCACAGAGGUGGCCACCGUAACGGCUAGCCGCCACUCUACCGUCGCUGCUGCUCGCUCUGGCGUCGCUGUCGCCUCUGACGCCUGUGCGAAGCGGGACGACAGCUCGCCGGUUGCCGGGGCCCGCUCGCCAUCAAUCCGCAUAGGCUCAGCUGCGCUGCCGUCCUCACCGGAAACCACAACAUCCUCCUCUGUGGUCGAUGCGCGCGCGCAGGUGACCUCUGAGCCAGGCGGCGCGGCAGUCGCCGCAGGCGCGCGUGAGCAGCCGUCUCGCAAAGCUGCUGCUGCAGCUGCUGGGACAGUGGCCGUAGCGAUCUCCGCGGGCGCCGUCGAAGCAAGCGACGGCAACGAGGACGUCUCCCUUUUCUCGCGUGUGCACACACACGACACACGGAGCAGCAAGACGACGACGGCGAGUGGAGGCAGCGCUUCACCACCCUCGAUCACGGCCGUUACAGCUGCUCCAGCAGCCGUCGCCACGAAGCAUGAAACUCCUGCACGUGCGAACGGGCCAUCGUCGCCGUCCGUGCCGUCGCCUUUGUUCGCCACCGUUUCCCCUCGAGCAGCAGCACCUCGGCCCCUGCCGACACGGCGCCGCAGCGCUGGGCCGACUACCCCAGGUAUUAACGGCCUGCCAGUUGCUCAGCCGCAGCCACAACGCGCCGCUCCUCCCCCUCAGCCACGCCGCAGCCGGUCCGCCAGCAGUGGUUUGCGUGGCGCCGAGACCAACCCCAACAGCGUGUGCUUUCAGCCAGCGCCGACGCUGCGCAACGUUGGUAUUGGUGGCCCUUCACCUUUCGCGGCAGAGCAGCUGGCCAUGCCUCGCCGACCACAGCCGCGGCGGGCAGUCACCCCCAUCGGCGACGGUGCGAGUGGGGCGGGGUAUGCACCGAGUAGGCAAACUAUCGCAAAGCUCGCCGCACCGCCCCUGCAGCUCGUCCGUCCAGCAGACCUGUACCGCAGUGCCACUACUGCCACCGGAACAGCGACUGCCGGAGUCGGCGGCCCGGCCUCGACAACGAUGGCCGCAUCCAUUCUGCCCGGUGCCGCUGCCGCGCAAGACCGCCUACAGCUCCCACGUCGGUCGAGACUGACACGCACCCCCUCCGCGACAUCAGUGCAACAGCGUCGCCGCACUCCGUCUGCAGGCAGCCUCGGUGGUGUUGGUGGCAGUGCUCGCAAAGCAGGGCCGGUAGCGCCCUCGUCACCACUCAAGCGUCGUGGAUCCGUCAGCUCCCACAGCGACGACGUGGCGAGCCCCGUGGGAGGAUCGGCCGCCUGUGCCGCGUCACGGCGGCCGCGCUCGAGCACGCCGUCGGGCCCCUUCUCCGUCUACACGACGCGAGGAGCGAGUGGGGCCAGAAGCCCACUGCCGCACAGUGAACCAUUGAGCUCCGGCGACGGCGCGCCUUCUCUCGUCGCUGCCAGCAGCGGCACCAACACCGGUAGAGCUGCGCCUCGCAAGAGCGCCGUGCGCAGCGGCUCUGCCCCCGUGCAUCAGCGCCGUCGCGCGAGCAGCAGCAGCCGUACCAGCAGCGCAGUGACGGGUAGCGUCACCAACCAAGCUCCCCGUAUUGCGGACGGACUGGGUGCGCCGGCGGCGGCGCCGUCCUCCCUUGUGCGCUCCUCCUCGGUGGCCAGCUUGCACCAACAACGGUCACACCCCGCCACCACCACCAUUCCGGACAGCAACACAGCGGCGGCCGCCUCGACGUCCGUGGCGGAGUGGGCCAGCUCCAUGACUACGUCGUCGGCUCCGCGCCGCAGCCACAGCCGCGACGGCACCAGCGGCACCGCCCGCAGCAGUGCUGCAGGAAAAAGCGUGCGGUCUUCGCUGCACACCGCAGCGGCGUCGGCGACCGCCAGAGCCCCCAGCAUAGCCACGGCCUCCACUGCCCGGCGCCCCAACGCCGGUGCCACCCGGCCCACCAUCAACAGCGCCGCCGGCGCCGGCGGCCCACGCAUGCGCCCUGUGGUGUCCACGACCGCAGGAGCAGCAGCACCAGCCGCCACAUCACGAGCAACAGGCCCGCGUCACCUUGCCGACCGCAAGCCAAGAGGCGACGACAGCAGUAACACCGUGCCGGUGAGUCAGGCAUCGAUGAUCUCGAUGGAGGAGAGCAAGGCGUUCCUGCAGGACUUCCAGCGCAUGAAUGACCGCGAGCUGGCUUUGUUUGGGACACUGCUCGCGACGGUGGCCAGCGGGCAGCAGAACCGCCGCAGCUUCGGCAUCACUGGGAAUCCUAUUCCGAGUGCAGACAAGGCGGACGCGACUCGCCUGGUAGGCAACACCGCGGGUGAUGGGGAGGCUGGCAUUGCACCUCCGACGGGAGUCGUAGCAUCGGCGGAAGACGUGACGGUAUGGACAUGGAAGCGUGCCUUCUCCGUACCCUCCGACCACCAGCACCCAGAGCAGACGUCAGACAUGCCGCCGCCGACGACGCCGGGAGAACCGGCAUUAGUGGCACAGCCCGCCUUGCAUGCCAACGAGGAGCUCAUCGUGCUGGUGCGUCGAUCGCGCAGCCAUAGCACCAGCCUUCACGCUCCGCCACAAUCAUCAACGUCGGGGUCGGAAGCGCCGCCGCCGCAGCAGCAGCAGCAGAGGCAGGCGAGGCCACAACUGCAGCCGGACCAACUCACUCACAGGGCUGACGGAACCGAAGAGAAAGGCGGCGGCCACGUCGCGGCGAGCCCGCAUGCCUUUGUGCGGUCUCCGCCGCACCAUCCAUACUACCAGCACCAAGCACGGUGCACCGUGACGGACACGGCUGCAGGAGACCGCGGCAGUAGCGGUCCUGUUGCGCUACAUCGUGCGUCCCAAAGUCCGUCGCCGACGCCUCCGUCAGCGGCGUUCGCUCGCGGCGGAAAAGAGAAUGGCCAGCAGGCGCGCUCACUCCACUCUGCCAGCAGCUCCCCUGCCCCUGCAUCUCCCCCCUCGACGGCGGCUGGUGCGCGAGUGCUACAGCAGCAGCAGCAAAUGGGAACAUCGGCGAGUGCACGUGCUGACAGGAGCGGUAGUGGUAAGCUGCGGCCACGUGAGGCGACGGACAUCAAUACGUCCGCGAACCACACCGCUGCCGGCGCUGCGCGAAAGGUCGCCGCGGGAACCAUGGCGACGUCGACGCGCACGCCACACGAGGCACCGCCAUCCAGCAUCGGAGCAGCGGCGGCGACUGCCAGGGCGGUGGGACGGGGAGCGGUACGGAAUCGCCCGUCCUCCAGUGCUGCCGGACGCGUCCGAGGAAGCAGUCGGCGUCGCUGUGGUGCCAACGAUGGCGCACACACGCCGAGUUGUCCCCAAGAGCACCCACGGCAGCUCAGCGUUGAGAGCUACACCGACAUCAUGCGCUGCUACAGUCCUAAGCGGCUGGAGGGGUUGCACGACGGCAACGGCGGUAGCGGUCGCGACGCAAACUUGAAAGAGGAAAGAAUGUCCAUCGAUGAGGGCCCUCGCGCCGCUGGUGCCUCCGCGUCGUCGCUGUCGUCCGCAGUGUCGGAGGCGGCAGCACCGCUGGCUGCACUCAAGAGGGCGAAGGAGCUGGCCGCCGAGCUGGCCGCCGCUGCGCGGGCGAGGACCGUAUCAGCGGACAAACCCUCCGCAGCAAUGAUUCCGGCCUCCGUCACGUCGCCAGCGACCUUCUCCUCGGCUGACUCGCCUACAAGCGGCAGUGUGAGCAUGGGCCGCGCGAGUGGGGGCGACGUUGCCCCGGCAGCGUCGGAAAUAUCCGGCGUCCGCGUUACGGCCGCGCAGCUGCAACUUCUCAUUAGUAGCGCACGCAGCCAAGCCAACUACGCGCGCUAUCAACAGCUUUAG